GCUUUGAUGAUUUGAAGUUAAAAUUGGUAAACAAAUUAAAGUUUAAUAUAUUAAUUUAAUUUUAUAAAUUAACUUCGAUCUUCAGAGAUUACCGGUAAUUACUGGUUACGUCAUCGGAAUAUCCCAUCCUUUGGGGUAUUUAGGAUGUCACGAUGACCUUGAAACCAGUCACGUUUGUAGACGAAGAGUUUUAUGCUCCUACUGCCUUUAAUUCAGUCGAGUGUUGCUAUUUGUAAUUAAAGGAGCAAGGAUGAGAAAUUUAUUUAAAUGCCUUCUUCUAGUGUGCAUUUUCAAAAGUUAUUUCGCAGAGAAGAUUGUCCAAACUGAAUUAGGAAGAAUCAGAGGAAAAAAGAUAAAUGCGUUAAACAAUGACGUUUAUGCAUUUCUAGGUAUUCCAUACGCAACACCCCCGUUAGGAAAGCUUAGAUUUAAAGCACCUCAACCUGUCACGAAAUGGGAAGACAUUUACAAUGCCACCGUGAUGUCGCCUAUCUGUAUGCAAGAUCCUGUGUUUCCAGUGUUAGAGUGGGUGCCACGAGAACGUCGAUACAUGAGUGAAGAUUGCUUAUAUCUUAACAUAUGGGUGCCAGUCGAAAAUAAAGAGAAUAAACCGUUUUCCACUAUGGUAUGGAUACACGGAGGAGCAUUCAACACGGGAUCUGGCAAUAUGGAUGUUCAUUACGGAAGAAUUUUGGCUUCUUAUGGUAAUGUCAUCGUCGUUACUAUAAAUUAUCGCUUAGGAACUUUUGGAUUUUUGAAUCUAGAUAACGAGGCAGCACCAGGAAAUAUGGCAUUUUUAGAUCAAGUAAUGGCUCUGAAAUGGGUUCACACAAACAUAGAAAGUUUUGGAGGUGAUAAAGAAGGAAUCACCGUAUUUGGUACCAGCUCUGGAGCAGCAGCCAUUUCACUUCAUUUGGUUUCACCUCUAACUAAAGGAUUAUUCAAAAGAGCCAUUUUGCAAAGUGGAGGCUGUUGUCAUCAUCAUUUGGAGAAGAAGAAGAAUAAAAACAUUAAAACUAGUAAAAGGGUUGCAGCCAACGUCGGUUGUAAUAAUGGAACAGAAGAUAAUAAAGAUAUAAUUGAUUGUUUAAUGCAAACGGAUGCUUUUAAAAUUGCAGCAGGCGAGAAACAAUUAUUGAAAAAUAGGAACAGACUUGUCAGCUAUUUUACCCAAUUGGGAGAACCAUUCUUGCCCGAUGAUCCCAUUGAAUAUUUUGAUAAUGGAUUAAUACACGAUGUAGAAAUAAUGGCGGGCAUAGUACCCGAAGAAGCUUCGAUGAUUUUGGCUUACUACAAACCUGAAAUUUUGAAUCAAGAUAAUCCCGGUUUCACUAUGUCUAAAGCAAGGAAUAUCCUAAACACUAUUUACAACUUUAGUAAACCAAAGUUUGAUAACGUUAUGGAAGAAUAUUUUGGGAAUGUGCAAGAGGAUGAUUAUACACGCAUUCUCGAACGCACUAGAGAUGUCAUUGGAGAUGGAAUUGUUAAGUGCCCUGUUAUAUCUCUAACAGAAAAAUUAUCCGUAAAAAAUUAUACUGUCUACCGUUAUACUUUCAACCAUGCCCGAAUCAAUACAGGGUAUAAGAAAUGGGAAGGAGUUGCUCACUUUGCAGAGAUAUAUUUCAUGUUCGGUUUGCCUUUCGUGUAUCCGGAAAAAUACAUCCCAGAAGAAGAAGAAUUCAGUAAACAGGUCAUGCAAUAUUGGGUUUCUUUCGCUAAAACUGGAAAACCUUCCUGCCCGGAUCAGGAAGAAGAAUGGUUGCCAUUCACUAAAGAGAAUCGUAAUGUCAUGAAGUUUGAUCUCGGAAACAUCCACAGAAUUAACGAGGAACCGAAGAAACAAUGCAAACUAUGGAAACACACUUAAAAAAGUUAAUUCAAUAUCGUUUCAAUUUGGAAAUAUUCAAAGAUAAUUUUAUUAUGGUAACGGUCUAACGCCUUUAAAAUCAAUUCGCUAUGGUUGAAAAGAUUGGAAAUUACCAUUAUUUUAUGGAUAAAUAUUCAUGUUUAAGAUCAUAUUCAAUUAGUUUAAAGAAGACGAAUUUUGAAGAUCAUGCUGAAAAUUUUUCACAUAUUUUCCAAUAAUUUCAGAAAAUAUUUUUUUUAAGGGGACUUGUUAAAAUUUGUUUUUUAUGCUGUAUUUUAGGAUUAAUAAAAGGUUUAUAUUGUUUUAUUGCCGAAAUUAAAUGUGCAAUUUGUUU